UAAAGUGAAUCGCGAUGUCCAUCAUUGGUUCUCCCUCUGUUCCUGGCGGUGUUUUAAGAUCAGGGGGCGAGGACUCCCCUCUCUCACAUGAACCAUGCACUGCCUCUGGACCACAGCACUCUUACAGACGCUCCUUCACUGUCUUUUCUUCAACAUACGGACCUUUGAUAAAGGCGCAGCGUUCAGCAUUAAGCAGGGAGGGGACGGAGGAGCUCCACCCGGAUGAAGUGGCUCAGUGGUGGGGUGAAUGGAGCAGCUGGUCGACCUGUAGCUGGACAUGCGGAGGAGGCGUUCGCUCACAGGAGCGCCACUGUCUGCAGCAGAGGCUCACUACCACACACAACAUUAACAGUUCCUUCUGUGCUGGAUCUCCUAAGCAGUAUCAGUUGUGUACUAACCAGCCGUGCCCCAACAGCAGAAUCAGCUUCAAACAGCACCAGUGCUCCCAGUUCAACUCCAAAGCCUUCAGCAGGAAACACUAUGAGUGGGUUCCCCUCUAUCCAGAUGAUUACAUCAGCAUUUCCAGCAAGCCGUGUGACCUGCAGUGCACCACCACCACGGGAGAGAGACAGCUAUUGGUUCCGGCACACGACGGGACCUUUUGCAGGAAUGGUGUCUACAAGGGCGUCUGCAUCGAGGGCCAGUGCCAGGUGGUGGGGUGUGAUGGGAAACUGUACUCCAGUAAAUCUGUAGACAAAUGUGGCAUCUGCGGUGGAAACGGUGACACCUGCUACCGGAUCUCUGGAUCUUACCGGAAAGGGAUCACACAGUUAGGCUAUGCCUUUAUUACUAAUAUACCUGCUGGAGCCACGGACAUCCAGAUCGUCGAGCGGCGGAAGACUGAAAACAUCUUGGCUCUGUCUGAUGAAGCUGGCCACUUCUUCUUUAAUGGCAACACUGUAAUCGACAACCCGCGCAACUUCCCCAUAGCAGGAACAGUGUUUAAGUACCGGCGGCCAGUUAACCUCUUCUCAGACGGCUUUGAGUACAUCAUGGCCCAGGGUCCUACCCAGCAGGGCCUGAACGUCAUGUAUCACAACCUUAAUGGAAAGAUGCCUCACAUCACAUACGAGUACACGGUGCCCCGCGUGUCCUCCACCCCAGCAUCAUCCACCCAGGAGCAGCCUCCACUGGGCAGCAUGAUGGCCAACGCUUCCUAUUCACAGCACCCCAUCACCGGGAACGAGGUGGAGGCUCGCAGUGAGAACAGCGAAGACGAGAAGAACCAGAGUGCACCUCUGGAGCCUAAGGGGAACAUGGAGGCACAUGGAGAUGUUCGGCAGGAACACCAGGCUCCUUGUAACCUCAGUGAAAAUCCCGAGGUGCUGCGCCUUAGAGUGUCUGGAGGGGUUCUCCGUAAUAAGCUGGGAAAGCAGGACGGCUUUGGUUCCCAACUGAACCUGAUUGAAAGCGACACAUCCGGUGUGAUUAAUGAGACAAAGAGUGUGAAGAACAACCUGGCUCUGCAGAUCCACACGACGACCCAGAGAGAGUUUGAGUUUGAGACAAACAGCACCUCACAGCACAGAGCUCAUCUCCUCCCACUCCAGCAGGGGGCACCAGAGCGCCUCCCACUCACUGACAGUAAUGAGUUUGAGGUGGUGUCUCUCGACCAUGAUGUCAGUCCGGCAGGCGUGUACAGGUGGAAGGUGUCUGCGUACGCACCCUGCAGUUCAACUUGUACCACAGGUAUCAGCACAGCGUAUGCUUUGUGUGUAACAUAUGAUGGUUCUGAGGUUGAUGAGAGUUACUGUGAUGCUUUGACUCGACCUGAGCCUACGUAUGAAUUCUGCACAGGCAGAGAGUGUCUACCCAGGUGGGAGACGAGCCGCUGGAGCGAGUGUUCUCGGACAUGUGGUGAGGGCUUUCAGUUUCGGACGGUGCGCUGCUGGAAGAUGAUGGCACCCGGCUUCGACAGCUCUGUGUAUGACGAUCUGUGCCACGCUGCCGAGCUGCACAAGCCCAUGGCACGCAAAUCCUGCAGGAGCAAAUCCUGCGGCCCUCAGUGGGAAGUGUCGGACUGGUCUGAGUGCUCAGCACGGUGUGGGCGCCGUGGUGUGAGGAGCAGGGAGGUGCGGUGCUCCAUGGAUGCUCGCCUGUGUAGCGAGUCCACACGUCCAAUCAGUCAAAGGGAGUGUGACGGACCGCCAUGUGACCGCAGGUGGACUGUCUCGGACUGGGGACCGUGCUCAGGGCCGUGUGGAGAAGGCCGCAUGAGGCGUUACGUGGUGUGUAAGAGCAGGAACGGGAAGGUGAUCUCUGAUGGUCACUGUGAUCGGGAGAUGAAGCCCCUCGCCGUGCAGUCGUGUGGAGCCCCAGACUGCCCAGCACACUGGGUGGAGCAGGAGUGGGAACAGUGUAAUGCGACGUGUGGGCGCGGGGUAAAGAGCAGGCAGGUGGUGUGUGCUGGGCUCGAAGCUGGUGUGUUUAAGGAGUUUCCUGAUCAUGUGUGUGCUCACUCACCCAAACCCGAGGAGAGAACCGCAUGCUUCGAGAGGCCUUGCUCCAAAUGGUUCACCACGUCCUGGUCUCAGUGCAGUAAGACAUGUGGGAGCGGUGUGAGAGUGAGGGAAGUGAGGUGUUACCAGGGAGAGGAGAUCGGUCACAGCUGUGACUCCACAAUGAAACCUCAGGCCAGACAGAGCUGUGAGGUACAGGCUUGUCCUACUGAGGCACCAGCAGAGGAUGUUUGUGAGGACAAAGCGACAGCAAACUGUGCGCUGGUGUUGAAAGUAAAGCUCUGCACACACUGGUACUACAGGAAGGCCUGCUGUCUGUCCUGCAAGACCAAAGGUCACUAAAGAGCUGCUGAACCCUAUCUGGGCCAUUCCACUCAAUGUGAAGAACCCCAAAUUUACACACACACACACACACAUACACACACAUACACACAGUAACUCUAUGACCCUAACCUGUUACCCCAACAUCUACACCCAGCUGGUUACCUACAACUACUAUAACUCUACAAAUCUAACCUGUGAGACUAAAAUCUCUGUGCUGAUCUAAUAGCUAUUCAGAUUGGUAGCUCACAGGCUACAUGCUAACUUCUGAUCCACAAACUACACUCUGACUCAUUAUACCUAAAACUUAAUUCAAAUCUAGUCACUCAAAAAAUGUAUCCAAACCUGUUACACCCAGAAACUACAUUCUAAACUGUUGCCAUUUUAUUAGGGCAUUUACUAUACUAUACUAUAACAUUUACACUGUAAACCUCACAAUACACCAUAACCUGUUAACCUCGACCAGCUACAACCUAAACCUUACUCCAUAUUUUUAAACUACAUACACAACCCCCUAAACUACCCCAUGCAUUUUUCAUGCUCUUAGUGCAAGCACUCCCACCACAAAGGUGAGCUAAUUACAGUGCUCCAGUCCUAUGAAUGUAAGGUUUUAUAUAUCAGUAAGUUCUUCUGUCUUCUCUGGAUCGCGUGCAGCUUACAAAACAACUUCACGAAGAGUACCAAACUCAUGGGGCAAACGGCCUGAGUCUGGUGGAAAAGAAACCUUAAGUGUGAAAACAGCCUUACUAAUGUCCUGCUAGGAUGAUCAGAAAAAAAAAAAAAAAAAAAGCCUUACGUACCUCCAAACUGCACCUUAACUGAUACCCUUAUACUAUCCACUGACCUGUUGCUUAUUAAUUACACCAAAUCUGUACCCCUAAACUACACCUAAUGUUUUAUUCAAACUGCUUGGGAAUAUUUACCUUCAACUGAACACUUAAGCUACAUCAAAACUUGUAUCCCCAAUAUUUAUCCUAACCUGUACAUGUGAUCCUGUACCCUUAAAUUACAUCCUAACCCGUUCUAUUAAAUCUUCUCAUACUUGGCACACUGAACCCCAACACUACACUCUAACCUGUAUAUCUAAUCUGUAUAAACAAGGUGCUAUAUUAAGUGGGGUUAUUCUCAUCAGGCCCCUCAGGCAGCUCCCCUCACUGCACAGGCUGUUCCCGAUCCAUGGUAAAGGAUACGCUGUUUUAUUACUGAGUGUACGGAACACGCCACUCUCUUGUACUGUAUCACUGAUUCACUGACACACACUUUUCAUAUUUGUAAAAAAAUUCUUGUUUUUACUUUGAAUGUGUUUGUGAUGACCUGUAAUGGAGGUUAAAACAAAAAAAGAAAUAAAGUCAAUGUUGUUUGGCCUUGGUGCAAUCUUAUUCUUAAGACAGAAUGAUAAUGGACUUUGGUAAGGUGUUUUUUUUUCUGUUGCAUUGGCUAAAUAGUGUAAAUGGUAGUUUCAUACCACAUUACAAGUUCCCUAGAAUUGCAGGAGAUGGGCUAUAAUACACUUCCCUAAUCAGACUUCUGCAUUAGAAACUGAGGAACCUGAAGUUUGGUUAAAUGUAUCAGUACAUUGCAAGCCAGUUUACAUUAAUAGACUCAACGUGUUAUUUAUCUACUUGUUAUCUGCAAAGUGAAGGUUUUACAAUGCCAGUGAACUAGAAGUGAACAGAUUUGCUUAUAAAAAAGUACUACUUAUUCAGUACUUAUUAGCUUAGGAUCAGCACUGACUAACUUGGGUGAUGAUGGGUGUAAAAAAAUAUUUUAUGCAUACAUUAAUUCUAUAGUGAUAAUGCACAAAUAAAUCCACAUAAAAGUGGGACUGUGUCUUUAUAGUGUAACAGAUAUUAUAUCAGCGGAAUUUAGGCAAAUACAAUAAUUAAGAUUUUGAACUGGAAAUAAAAUAUGGGUGGUUUAAAAACAUUUUAUUAGGUUACUAUUUAACAUCUGGAUAAGUCAGUGUGCCUGAAUAUACACAAAAAGCUGAUGAGGUAGUUACAGGGUUUAAACAUGCCAAUUGGUCAAACACAAGCAGAAUCCAGUCCAAGCACAGGACUGUACAGUUGAGGUUUUAAGGCUUAUCUGAUGGGCCCAACUGUGGCUGACUGGCAGUUUUGUGGGUUUUUGAAUCUA